AUGAUUUCUUUUUUUUUCUUUUUAUAUUUUCUUUUUAUAUGUCCUUUUUUCUUUUUUGUUUUCUUUUUUAUGUCUUUAUGUUUUCUUUUUUAUUUUAUUUUUAUAUUUUAUGUCUUCUUUUUUCUUUUCUGUUUUCUUUUUUCGUUUUCUUUUUUGUUUUCCUUUUUUUUUCUUUUUUGUUUUUUAUGUUUCCUUUUUAUGUUUUAUUCUUGUUUCCUUUUUCAUUUUAUGUUUCCUUUUUCUUUUUUAUGUUCCCUUUUUAUUUUCUGUUUUUUUUUCGUUUUAUGUUUUAUUUUUGUGUUUCCUUUUUUAUGUUUUCUUCUUAUGUUUCCUUUUUCUUUUUAUGUUUACUUUUUUAUGUUUUCUUUUUCUUUUUUAUGUUUCCUUUUUUAUGUUUUCUUCUUAUGUUUUGAUUUUCUUUUUUAUGUUUCCUUUUUCAUUUUUAUGUUCCCUUUUUCUUUUCUGUUUCUUUUUUCCUUUCAUGUUUUAUUUUUGUGUUUCCUUUUUGUUUUUUAUGUUUCCUUUUUAUUUUUCUUCUUAUGUUUCCUUUUUCUUUUUUAUGUUUUCUUCUUAUGUUUUGAUUUUCUUUUUAUGUUUCCUUUUUCUUUUUUAUGUUUCCUUUUUAUGUUUUCUUCUUAUGUUUCCUUUUUCUUUUUUAUGUUUCUUUUUUAUGUUUUCUUCUUAUGUUUUGAUUUUCUUCUUUAUGUUUUCUUUUUCUUUUUUAUGUUUCCUUUUUUAUGUUUUCUUUUUAUGUUUCUUUUUUCUUUUUAUCUUUUACGUUUUUAUGUUUUUUUCCUUUUUUAUGUUUUCUUUUUCGUUUUUAUGUUUCGUUUUUAUCAUUCCUUUUUUAAAUGUUUUCUUUUUCUUUCUUUUGUUUUCUUUGUCUAA